CAGGGGGCGCCCUUCAGGCUUCGUUGGGCGUGCCGAACUCGCGGCAAUGACGACUUCCCCCAUACUGCUGUUUUGGCCACCAUGGAAGGCAGCUUCGGCACCCUCUAGUGCACCGGUUAGCGGCAAGUGUGGAUUCUCUGGAAUUCUCGCCGGACCGCAGCACGGAUAUAUAGCUCGUCAACCAGCGUACUGAUCACAUAUCGUUCUCAUGACUUCCUCUAUGCAACUCGGGUUACUAGUGGCCCUCUUGUGGGCUGUGUGGAAGCUCUUCCGCAACUUGAUCGUUCGGUCGCCUCUCGACAACAUACCAGGUCCAGAAGAAGCAACCUUCUGGACGGGACAUGUUAAAGCCCUGUUUAAUCGCCAUGGCUGGGACUUUCACGACAGGAUCGUCCAACAGUAUGGACCUGUCUCGAAGGUGUACACGGCGUUCGGUACUCCGGGACUCUACGUGUAUGAUCCGAAGGCCCUAAACAGUAUCAUAGCUAAGGAUCAGUACACGUACGAAGAGCCAGCGUGGUUCGUUAGAUGGAACCGCAUAGUACUUGGGCCGUCAUUAUUCGCGACGGGAGCACCACCCGUCGUCCAUCGCCUCCGGGACGCCGUUUCCGCAAAGGUCAACGGUACUUCUGGAGAGGUCGACGUGAUCGGAUGGAUGACCCGUACCGCACUUGAGCUCAUCGGACAAGGCGGCCUCGGAUAUUCGUUUGACCCUCUUGUCACAGACACCACAAACGAAUUCGGUGGCGCGAUCAAAGCGUUUGCACCAACGACAUUUACGCUGCAAGCCUUGCGCAUGCUGUUGCCGUACUCGAUACUACCCUACGUCCCGCUCUCGAUCCGCCGGCAGGUCGCGAGAUGGGUGCCACACAAGAACGCGCAGAAGAUGCGCGCGAUUUCGGAGACGAUCACAGCCCACUCCAAGAAAAUAUACGAGGAGAAGAUGGCCGCGCUCGCCCAAGGCGAUGACAUCGCCGUGCAUCAGAUUGGCGAGGGGAAGGAUAUCAUGAGCAUUCUGAUACGGGCGAAUACGGCCGCGUCUCAGGAAGAUAAGCUGCCCGAGGAGGAACUGAUUGCUCAGAUGUCUGCCCUUGUCUUCGCUGCCACAGACACUACGUCUAACGCCCUUGCCCGUACGCUUCACAUCCUGUCUGAGCGCCAGGAUGCCCAAGACAAGGUUCGCAUGGAGCUUAUGCAAGCGGUGCCCGUUGGCGAGGAUAUCCCGUACGAUCAGCUUGUCGACCUUCCUUACCUCGAUGCCGUAUGUCGUGAGACACUGCGCUUACACCCUCCCGUCAAUUUCCUCGGUCGCGAGACGCGCGACGACAUCAUCAUGCCACUGUCGGAGCCCGUGCAAGGCCUCGACGGCACGUCCGUCAGCGAGAUCGUCGUCCCCAAGGACACGACGGUCUUCAUCUCCAUUCGGGGCUGUAACCGCAGCACGGCAAUCUGGGGCGAGGACGCGCUGGAGUGGAAGCCAGAGCGCUGGUUGCAGCCGCUCCCGAAGACACUCGGGGAGGCGCAUGUGCCUGGUAUCUACGCGAACCUCAUGACAUUCCUAGGUGGCGGAAGAGCUUGCCUCGGCUUCAAAUUUUCGCAGCUGGAAAUGAAGGUCGUGCUGGCCGUCAUGCUGCGGUCCUUCCGCUUCCUUCCCGGUGACAAGGAGAUUUAUUGGAACCUUGCUGGGAUCAAUUAUCCUAGCGUGGGGAAGGAGAGUGCGAAGGCCGAGAUGCCGAUGAAUGUGGAGGCUAUUCCAGUCUGACCUCGUCCCGUGGUCCGAUCGGUUAUAACUGUUCGAUCUUUCUACAUUCUCAACUCUUUCCUCCGAUGCAUCGAUGAUUGGACAGUUUCUAUACGCUACAUGACGUCUCAGCUACAGUCAGGUUGUGAUUUCGUGAAUGGACGACGAGGCUUAACAUGCUCAGGCUCAUGCAAGCCGCUCACAGCUACGCGAAGCAGAUUCUUGCCAGCCAACCAUGCUACUUCUUAUCUACCCCUUAAAUAUCCCGGUUCUCUCAUACUCAGUUUUCCGAGAGGCGGUUCUCUGGGUAUAUGAACCAGGGCGCAGGAUUUGGC